AAACACAAACUUCACACCUGGAAAGCCACGAACUCUCAAUUUACUGAAAACAAAAAAAGACUCGAACUUUGAACAACUCUUGAAUUGGAAACCAGAAAAAGCUUUUCCGUUUAAUGGAUUUACCAGAAAGUAUCGGUCCGUUUCGGGUUGAGAUUGACGAGUCAUAUCGGCCUCUUCCUUCAGUUUAUCUUGCUUUACUAUCUAUUUGGUUGGUCUCUGCUUUUUCUUGGACCAUUAAUACUUACAAAAACCGCAACUUUCAGGAGAAAUUGUUAAUUCUUUGUACUUUUGUCCUCUGCGUUGUGGUUAAACUAGAACAGACGAAUAAUCUGCAGUGGACGCUGACGUCUGUGCCAUUGAUCAAAGCUUUGCAGCUCAUGCUUUCGUUUCUCUUCUGGUAUUUUUGCUUUUACCAUGAAAUAUGCUCGCUCUGGUUGUCAUUUGGGGUGUAUAUAACUGGAGUUCUCUUUCAAACAGCUUCUUUUAUUUCCUUCCUGCUUAUCUCCCAUGGUUACUGCAUUAUGUGUGAGCGCCUUUCACUAACUGAGCGCCGUGCCACAGCUGCCCUCGGAUGUGUCUUUUACUUGACUCUUGUAGGGUACAGAGCUUCUGUGCCAUACUUCACAGUGCUGCUGCUUCUGAAUUAUUUGAUUUCAUUCUAUCUGAUUUUCCAUCAGAUUUCUCAAAAUCUAUCAAUGUUGAGAGAACAAUUAACUUUCAUAGAGGAUGAGGAUGUUCAAGAUAUGCACGAGGCAGUGUACACAAAAUACGUAAUGUUCAAGAAAUUUCAGGGUGCGAUGCAAAUCGUUGUAAUGGCUGAAACUGUGAUACACAUUAAUAUGGAUGCCUCUUCUGAAAAUUACUGGUUGCGCUUAUUACUUAAAGAAUGGGCUCAGUUCUGCAUCUUGCUGUACAUAGGGUGGACUUUUCGGUCUCAAGUCUUAGCACCACGGUUUUUUGUGAUGCCAACUGUAAAAUCUGAAGGAGAGGUAUUGGUACCUCCAAUAUACAGUAUGGAAAUGGAUGCUGCAACUUUUAAAGAUUUUAAUUGUGGUCAAUGGCACAUUGGAGUGCCAAUUUCAUCAUCUUAUGAUAGAAGCUCCCUGGAGUCAGUUGUUGUGGUGAUUCAGCAUCCUCAUCCACUUAGAUUGCCAACCGCCACCAUAUCAUCUCCUAGCCCACAGCCGCAUAGGCUUUGAUGCUAUCAUACUGAAAAAUUCAUUACAGAUUUAUUAUGUUCAUGCCAGUAGAGCAAAGCAGCUGUCAAAUGGCCGUCUACUGCCUUGUUCUAGUUUUUGGCAAAACCAAAAGAAAGAUGUAGAAGCAUUUUCUUUUCAUUUUAAAAUUUGUUAAACACACGGUUUUACAUAUCAUAGAAACCUGAUAGGGACUCCUUGCAGUUGCAGCCCACAGAAUGUAAUUUACUGUAAUAUUCUUAAUCUUGUAACAGAAGUGUAAAUAUUUUCCUUUUCAUUUUCA